GCUGGUCCUGGUGGUCUCUAGUGGUCGUGCUGGUCCUGGUAGUCUCUAAUGGACCUGCUGGUCCUGGUGGUCUCUAGUGGUCGUGCUGGUCUCUGAUGGUCCUGCUGGUCCUGGUGGUCUCAGAACUGAAGAUACUGUAGUAUUACUUCGCUUCCUGCGCCAUCACGUGUCCGUUCUUCUGCUCUCUAUGGAGUCGGCGCAUGAGGACAAACUGCGCAUGCGCAGUGCGUCCUGCCAGAGGCUCGUUGAAGGAAGUUUUGCACCAACUUUCUUACCUGUCGGACGUGUGUGAGCGUCUCGCGCUACAGAAUGACGUCAGCUUCACAUCUGGAGCAGCUGGCAGAAAUAAAGCUUCAGGAGGAAGAGGAGGAAGAGGAGGAGGAGGAGGGGGGGGGUGAGAGGUGCUUCACAGACGCUCCGUCAGUUCCUCCCGUCGGAUCCAGUCCUGAUCCUUCUCACCCGUUCUAUGACGUAGCUCGACACGGCAUCCUACAGGUCGCAGGUGACGACAGGUACGGCAGGAAGUUGAUCACCUUCAGCAGCUGCUGUUUGCCUCCAUCACACCAGCUGAACCACCUCCGCCUGCUGGAGUACCUGAAGUUCACGCUGGACCAGUACGUGGAGAUGGACUACAUCCUGGUGUACUUCCAUCACGGCCUGAAGAGCAGCAACAAACCGUCACUCAAGUGGCUCCGAGGAGCUUAUGAAGAGUUUGACAGGAAGUACAAGAAGAACAUGAAGACGCUUUACGUCGUUCAUCCGACCAACUUCAUCCGCCUGCUGUGGAACCUCUUCAGGCCUCUGAUCAGUCACAAGUUUGGGAAGAAGCUGAUGUACGUGAACCACCUGAGUGACCUGCAGGAGCACCUGAACUACCAGCAGCUCCUCGUGCCCCCGGAAGUGCUCAGACACGAUGAGAAGCUCCGAGCCGCUCAGGGAGGAGGACCCCCCCCCUCAGUGAGGACCCCCCCACCCCGCCCCCCCCUGCCCAGCCAGCAGUUUGGAGUCAGUCUGCAGUACUUGAGGGAGAAGAACGCAGAGAUGAUCCCACCUGUGAUGCUGCAGACUGUGAGCUACCUGAAGCAGAAAGGUCUGAGGACCGAGGGCAUCUUCAGACGCUCGGCUCGAGUCCAGCUCAUCAAGGACGUCCAGAGGCUCUACAACCUGGGUAAACCUGUCAACUUUGACGAGUACGACGACGUUCACGUUCCUGCCGUCAUCCUGAAGACGUUCCUCAGAGAGCUGCCCGAACCCCUGCUCACCUUCAGGCUCUACAGCCAGGUGCAGGACCUCCUCAGUGUGGAGAGCAGUCUGAGGGUCAGCAGGUGUCAGCAGAUGAUGGAAAGUCUUCCUGAACAUAAUUUCAUUGUCGCAAAAUAUCUGCUGAGCUUCCUGCACACGGUGUCCCAGCAGAGCAUCGUGAACAAGAUGAGCUCCUCUAACUUGGCCUGCGUGUUCGGGGUCAACCUGCUGUGGCCUCGCCGCGCCCCCCUCUCCCUCCCCACCCUCACGCCCAUCAACAUCUGCACCGAGAUCCUGGUGGAGCAUUUCCCCACCGUGUUCGGCUCGCGCAACCCGCCUGCCCAGGUGGACCCCUAAGACCCGCCUGCCCAGGUGGACCCCCUAAGACCCGCCUGCCCAGGUGGACCCCCUAAGACCCGCCUGCCCAGGUGGACCCCCAAGACCCGCCUGCCCAGGUGGACCCCCCAAGACCCGCCUGCCCAGGUGGACCCCCUAAGACCCGCCUCCCCAGGUGGACCCCCCAAGACCUGCCUGCCCAGGUGGACCCCCUAAGACCCGCCUCCCCAGGUGGACCCCCCAAGACCCGCCUGCCCAGGUGGACCCCCUAAGACCCGCCUCCCCAGGUGGACCCCCCCUAAAGACGUUUCCUCUUGUUCUGAACAGAAACCCAAAUAAAGAUUGCUGCUCCUCAGAGGAGGAACCCUGACGUGUUGCGUUGUGGAGCUGCAGUUGGUCGUGUGUAUUCUGUGUUGGUUGCACACAUCUUACAUUCUAGUCUUCUCAUUAAAUACAAAAAUAAAUUCCAUAAAGAUGUUUUCAUCCCACAAAAAGCAUCAGAACAUGUGAAGGAUUAAAAAAGAAAGUGACGUGAAAACAACUUCAGACUUUGUUGUUCUUGAAUUUUGUUUAUUAAUGAUUCCAUUUUUUAGUAAGAACUUGAUACAAAAAGGUGAGACUACUCUUUACUCACUGACCAAUGAACCUUUGAAUGCAUCAUAAAGAAGAGAAACUACGUUGGCAGAUUUAAGACAAACACGUUGCUAUACACACUAUCCUGGACCAUCGCCAUGACAACCCACACAACUACUUCCAUCAAACCAAAUGUUUGCU